GCGUGAGGAAAGCAGGGUGCGGUCUUUGCUAACGGCCAUCUUGAUUUCGUGUAAGUCUCGAUUGUGAGCUCCGAGACGACCCCGACGUCAACCCAACGAGGUCAUACGAAAGUGCAACGAGGACUAAGCAAAACGAGGGCGCGAUUUGAGGACAUAUCGAUCUCCAGACGGUAAAAUUCUAAACAAAAUGACCGCCGCUAUUCGCAAGAAGCUCGUCAUUGUUGGCGACGGCGCUUGUGGCAAGACGUGCCUUCUUAUCGUCUUCUCGAAGGACCAGUUUCCCGAGGUCUACGUACCGACCGUGUUUGAGAACUACGUGGCCGAUAUCGAGGUGGACAGCAAGUGCGUUGAACUUGCACUAUGGGACACGGCCGGUCAGGAAGACUACGACCGACUGAGGCCGCUCAGUUAUCCAGACACCGACGUCAUCUUGAUGUGCUUCUCAAUUGACUCACCGGACUCACUCGAGAACAUACCAGAGAAGUGGACCCCGGAGGUGAAGCAUUUCUGUCCCAACGUGCCUAUUAUUCUUGUCGGAAACAAGAAGGAUCUCCGCAAUGACGAGACGACGCGCAAGGAGUUGGCGAAGAUGAAGCAGGAGCCGGUCAAGUCGGAGGACGGACGAGCAAUGGCGGAGAAAAUCGGUGCGUAUGCUUACUUGGAAUGCUCGGCGAAAUCGAAGGAGGGCGUCAGGGAGGUGUUCGAGACGGCCACACGAGCAGCGCUCCAGGUCAAAAAGAAGAAGAAGAGCAAAUGCAUAGUUCUGUAGUAGAGAGACCGAGGCUAUUGAAACACACCCCACCCUUCACCCUCCUCUACAUUUUUGAACGGGUGUAGCGUUUUGAUUUGCUCGUGUAAACUUUUAAGAUUGGCGUUUAUUAGCACUGGGUAGUGCGGGCUGUCACUGGGACAUUGUCUUGUGUUCACUGGUCUUGUGUGUUUUAGUACGCAGAAUUGUAUUGUAUGCGGUGAAUACUAGAAAUUGGUAUCUCUAUAUCUA